GCUUCUUCUGUAGCUAUGUGCAAUUGCUCCUCUUCCUUCUUCCUUUCUUUUCCCAUCAUCGAUGCUCGACCCAGCUCUGACAAUUGUGGACGGAAUCGGAGGAAUCACGUCUCCAUCCAUGAAUCUAGACCUCCAUGUUAUCAUCUUGGUUCGCAAAACUCUGCCUUUCUCCGGAAAUUCAGCUUUAGAGAGAAAGAGAAAUCGAGCGACAAAUUCGUCUCUUGCUUGAAUGGAGAAGACGUAAUUGAUUCUUCUCGUUCGGGUUUCCUGGAAAACGAUAGUGCAGAGUCUCCUCGAGACGGUGAUUUGAUUCAGCUAGGAGGUGAAGAAAAUGCUCUGAUGAACACUCGCUCGAAAGGAUUCAAACAGACGACGACGAGAUCGAGUCUUGUUGCUAAGCAAGUUAUUAGCAUACAAUCAGCUCUGAGUUUAGGGUUUAUCUCUCAGCUGUGGGUUGACACUACCUCUUGGUUGGCUUUGGUGAUUGAUGUGAAACCCAGCUUGCUAUCUGGAGAAUCUGACAGAUUCCUGCUCAAAGACAUUGUCCGGGUGGGUGAUGUUGUGCUUGUGGAAGAUGAGGCUGUACUGGAUACUGAAUUCAAGAUGGUUGGACUUGAAACACUGGUUGGUUACAGAGUAGUGACACCAAAAGGUCGAAGCAUCGGAAAGGUUCGAGGUUACUCAUUCAACAUUAACUCGGGUAUAGUUGAAUCGCUCGAGCUUGAUUCGUUCGGGGUAACCAUCAUACCAUCAAGCUUGGUGAGUACAUACAGAUUAGAUAUCGAGGACAUCAUCGAGGUCUUAGAAGACAUAGUUGUGGUUCACGAAGCUGCAGCUUCUAGAAAACAGAGGUUGACAAAGGGACUCUGGGAUGCUCAGUUUGGUAGUGAAUACUCUGAUGUUGAAGAGCUUGAAAGUUCAGCUGAUAGAAGAAGGCAAAGGAGAAGCAAUAGAUCCAGUCGAAAGAAGAGAGAUUUAGACGAUGCAGAAUGGGACAUAUUCCGCUAG